AUGGGUCCUCCCUCCAAAGUUCCUUGGCCUUGCAGUCGCAAUCAUAAACGCGAUCUGCCAAAUGCAAGAAAAUCCAGACUAGAAUCUGAGACGCAAAACCUGUGGGGAGAACUUGACACCGUCAUUGGAAGACAUCGAUUCAUAGGUUGCAGAAAGUCUCUUGGUCUUGCAGUGGCAAUUUUAAAUGCUAUCUGGCAAUUGCAAGACGAUCUAACUAGCAAACAAAAUACGCGUGUUGGUAAUGUUGACGCGAUCAAUGAUCACCAGAGAUGGCACCAUUUCAAAACGGAAAAUCCAGAGACGAAUGAAGUGCAGACGGAGUUCGUUAGCUAUACAUCCGCCACCCCGAGCGUUUUAAUUAUCACACCCACUUCUCCGCUCGUCGCCAAACACUGGCGCAACUUCCAGGUGUUAAUCGAAGCUAAAAAUACCAAGGUUGCUUCUAGAGGCAUCAAAGUUGAGGUGGGCUGUGCCGCUUUUGGAGAUGUUCAGUCUCAAUAUUUGAAGCUUGCUAGAAAUGCAGACACAAACACCUCACCCUCAGCUUCUCCACUCGCUCACAACUUCAUUUGA